AUGGAUAGGAAUAAUACAGUAUUAUUAUCAUUACACGUGAAGAAGUUGACUUUGAAAUCCUGGGUAACCAAGUACUUAGACUCGGUCCCAUUGAAACUUAAGUGGCAACUAAGUAGUGAAACGGCUGAUUCAAGUUUAAAGGAUGAAUUAGGUGUACUGACGAAAUGGGAGUCUGAAUCUUUUAAACUUGAUGGAAAUCAGGCACUGAAUAUAGAUACGCUGUUUUUAUUAGCCCAGACAUCACCAACGAAUAACACUUUGACACUUAACAGUAUUAAAAUUACAGUGUCACUCUGUAUUAAUAAUAACUCAAAUGUGUUAGUCGGUACUUGCACUUCUAACCUGGAAAAUUUCAGGGUCAGAUCUAAGUUUAACCCUCACUCAUUCGAGUUGAUGAGUGAAAAUAACAUCUUUGUUGGGUACGUUGAUGUGUUUUACGUCUCACAACAGCGCUGGGUUAGGAUCAGCAAAGCCUCUUUACCAAUCAGUAAUAAGGACACAGAGUAUAACACUUCCCCUGAGUCUAAUGUUAACACUAUUACGACCAAUGAGGAUACUGAUGAUGACACUACUUUAAGCUGCUCUUCUACAAUUAAUACACCAUUCUCUCAUGAAAAUUCCAUUGUAUCACGUGAUAACUCUAUUGUAUCACAUGAGAACACUUCAUUUUCAAAUUCGAACCCCGAUCAGGAAUACGUUCUAAUAUUUUGGAACUCCUCAAAUACAUGUUUUGUCCGGAAUAAUCCAAAUGACAUACAGUUACAACUACUCAGCAUGUUCAUAAAAACAUGUUUAGUUGACGGUGAUUCUCCAAAUUCACAAAUACCAUUUGAGCUUGAGGAUAUUAAGCCUGACCACCCGUUUGACAUAGUUAAUAAGUUUGGCAGUUUGGCGGUUAGAAAAAUAUCACAAAAACAUGCAAAACAGUUUUUUACCACGGGUAAUUCCACACCAAACACCAAUAGUAGUGAGAAACUUAACACUGAUGACAGUACCGAGUUUGACAUUCAACAUAGCAGUCGAGUCUACAGCACUUCAGUGCCUGAAACUGAGCGUCUGAUGAGUAAUGUUGAUAUAAACGACCCUGGUUCUUUUUAUAACUUCAUUUCUCGUCAGAAUAAACAAUUCCAAACCCUAAUCACCAAGCGAAUUCUUUCACCAAAUUCCUCCACCAACACUAGCUCACUCAUUGAUCAGUCAACUCCCAACACAAAUAAAACAAACAACACAACUAAAAAUGUGAGCACAACUAGCACCAAUACAGUUAAUCUUAAUGGGAAGAAGAGGUAUAAGGUUGAUGAAGAUAAUGUUAAGUAUAAUUCAUUACCACAGUAUGCAAAGUCAAUUGAUACAGUGGCUUCUUUGAAUGAUAUAACACAUAAAACUACUAAUACCAUGACCACUGGACUUGUUUCAUACAGAAACCAAAGCCAGGCAUCAAUUGAUGAGGAGGCGCUGACUAUCACUACUCUAUACACACACUCUUAUAAUGCUGAUAAGAACACUAAAGGAUUAGGUGAUUAUCAUUCCAAUGUUUCUCUACGUCUUAGUGUAUUGGAUAAUCCCAGUGUAGUUGAUAACCCUAGUGUUUCAGAGGAUAAUCCUACAGUAUUGGACCACCCUGAUGUAUUACAGGGUAACUCUAGUGUAUCGGAUAAAUCUGAAGUGCUGGAGGAUAAAGUUGUACAGGUGGUUGAAGAGAACUUGAAGGUAAAUAAGGCUGAUUUGGGUUCUGAAAUUAAGGCUGAAGUACACGCUUUAUCUUCCUCCAAAAGCUCAAUUACAGUCUAUAGCAUCUACAGCCCUAAAGACUACAUCGAAGAUAACUUUUCAGAUCUCACCAGCUCCUCAGAAGUCGCCAGCAGUUUCACUUCAAUUUCUCCUUCCCCCAAACAUUUUACCUCUAACACGGCCAACCUAGCCAACUCCAUCAACUUGAUUAAUUCAGUAAAUAUGGUUAAUAGUGUUCCGAUAGAUAAGUCGAGUAGAAUUGAUAAUUAUUUGAAUCAUGUUCAGAAUGCAUAUUAUAGUCCCGAUCCAGAGUAUGACUCGGUGAAUAUAUUGUCUAAUUACCCAUGUGGAGUUAAGCUUGAGGUUAACCGACCUCUUUUUUGUGAAAACAGUUUGCUGACCUUCGAGACUAUAACUAAGGAUUUGCAGACCAUUGGUGAGCUAAAGUCAAGUGCAGAUCCUGAGCUUGGUUCAUUUGAUAGUCUUUUAAUCUUCAAGGCACUGAGAGACGCUCAGGCUUUGAAGGUUCAGGGUCAAACUCUCCCUACCUCAGCAUAUCUCAGAUUUUUUUUAAAAUACCUCAGGUGCUAUAACUUGAAACGUGUACCAAUUGUGGUUUACCUUCAAAUAAUAACCUUUAAGCAGUUGGAGACUAUGAAAAGGGUUUGUAGUACUUCAGACGAUAUUCUCCAGUUCAUCAACAUCGCACUUGAGGCUUUAAUCUAUGAGCUUCAGGUUUCCACCAACUUUUACACCAGUAAACAGCCUGAAAAUGGGUUUCUCUUCUCUAACAAUUUCCCUCAGUUUAAUCCCCAAACUCCUGUUGAUGAUUACUUAUUUUAUGAAGAGUCUAGCAGUGUACUUUCAGGGGACCAGUUUGAGAUCUUUGAAAACAUUCUCUGCGAGAUGAGCAAAGAUGUCAAGACUGUCAACACUCGAAAUCUCGUGUACAUAUCAAGGCUAAACUCACCUCCAGUUAAGAGCAGAGGCUGUAUAUUUAGGCUUGCGCCCCUCAAAAUUGUACUCUAUCGCACCUUCUGCGGCCGCAGGAAACUUAUUUCAAACGGUCACAUAAUCAAACUUUAA